AUGGUGGCGCCGGUGGUGAUCGCGUCGGCGGGGCUGGGCAUGCUGGCCGGCGUGGCGAUGGCCAACCGGUCCCUUGGGGGGGACGGGCUCCCAGCGGCCUCCAGGUGGGACGCGCGCCCGCGAUGCGCCACGUGCGGCGGCUCCGGCCGCGUCGAGUGCAUGUGCAACCGCUGGUCCGACGGCGACUCCGGCUGCCGGACCUGCGCGGGGUCGGGGAGGAUGCCCUGCCGCAGCUGCGGCGGCUCCGGCACCGGCAGGCCGCUCCCGGCGCGGCUCACCGUCCAGCACCAGAAGCCGCCGCCGCCGGCCGGCUACAACUGA